CCCCAUGUGCUAUCUAUUCCUAAUCUGCUCUGACCAGGCUCCAUAAAGAACUUAUCAGGUAUUUGUGUGACUCAAAUGGACUCAAAACCAGGACGUUGGUAGGAGCAGCUCAAGUGUGAGAGUGAAAACCAGAAGCACCCUGGAGCCAUGGUCACCAGGCCAGUGUGAAAAUAAACCAACACAGCUGGUUUGGCUGGGAAGGAGAACUCUGGCCACCACCAGGUUUUUGCUGCUGUCUUAGCACUGAGAUCCUUGCCUGAGCCCAGGUGCAGAGCUGCAAACUGCAGGGCAAAGUGGAAUCCCAGUAUCUUGAGUGCCCUACAGUGAGUCCAGCUCUUGAGAGCAGCGCUCCAGAGCGGGGAUGAUGCGAGCAAGAGCUGAGUAUUUAUGGGUCUGCUUUGCCCUCUCCCUAGCAUAAAGCUGUGCAGAGCAGAAGUUACAAAUGAAUUGACAUCAAUCCUGGUGUGACAAAAUGGCUUUGAAGGCAAAGUGCUCUUCUUGCUCCUCUCUGUGGCUCAAUAACUUCCAGUUUCAGGCUUGGUCUUGUCAGUUCAUCUCUUCUGACUAAAUGAAGAAAGUGACUAUGAAAGCACAGCAUCUGCCUUCCCUUGCCAUCAACGAGGAGAAGUUCCUAACCAGAGAGCAGCUCAAUUCACUUCUGAAGACUUACAACUCCUACUAUUCUGACCAGGAAAACCUGCAACUGUCACAUAAUCAGCCAGAGGGAGGCAAACCAUUUAUUGAAGGGAUCUUGUCCAUCUCCUGGGGAGUCCGGCACCCCAUCAGGCUGAAAGCCCAGGAUGAGAAGCAGCUUCCCUCUUUUGUCACCCUGAAGGCAGCCGAGAGCGAGGGUCUGUUCCCUGCUAAAAGGGGCAUGACACGCUGGGGGGAGUUUGAUGACCUGCAUCACAUCAGCGGGGACACGCUGAAGGCUGCUGAGGCAGAGCCAGGCCUGGAGACAAACCACCUGUGCUACCAAAGCCUGACGCUGCAGCCCCAGAGCCAGCAGGACCAGGACUGUGCCACCCUGCCCAGGGCCCGCAGCGAGGCGGCUGUGACACGCAGGAGGAGCAGGGUGCCCACCAUAGCCAGGAGGGAAGAGGAGACUCGCAGGUUCUCAAUCAAUGGCCACUUCUACAACUACGAGACCUCUGUUUUCACUCCAGCCUUUGGAUCAGAAACCAAGAUAAGGAUCAACAGCCAGAUGAGGACAAGGCAGGUCAUAGAGCAGCUGCUGAGGAAGUUCAAGAUAGAGAACAGCCCCCAGGAGUUCGCGCUUUACAUCAUCCACGCCUCCGGAGAGAAGAAGCAGCUGAGGAGUGCAGAUGUUCCCCUCCUGCACAGGCUCCUUCAGGGACCCUCGGAGAAGGUGGCCAAGUUCUUCCUGAUGGACAGGGACGUGGAGGAGAUCAGCAGUGAUGUGGCUCAGUACCUCCAGUUCCACCUCCCCUUUCUGGAAUCGAUCCUGCGCAGGAUAGAUGAAGAGGAGCAGCAGGAGAUCCAGCAGACAGUUGCAAGGUACCUGAAGGAGAAGACCAUGAUUUGCCAGCAGCUGCACAGCCGAACUGCCAGGAAAACAGAGACCACUGUCUGACCUCAGCAGCCUGCUG